UAUGCUUACUUGUAGUAUAUAUAUAAUAAAUGAUUCUUACUGGUAAUGUUAAUUGUGUAGCAUACAAAGCUUUUAGGCAAGAGCAUGGUACCCACGUAUCUGGAAUUAUAUGGAUUUUGUAUAGUGUUCCAGAUUAGAUCCGAUCAUCCGAGUACUACAUUUUACUACAGUAUUACUUAAUUGUGUCCAUGUUUAAAAUAAUUCCCCUGUGAUGGCAACCAGAUCUCUUUUUUGUUUUGUUUUCUCUAAUGUCAUUCCUCAACUUGUCCUUGUGAGAGUACUCAUGAUCUCAUUGUGUUUGCUAGCAUAUUAUAACAGGUCACAGAACUAUCAGACAAGGAUGGCGACUUACGAGCCCAAGAACAUUCUCAUCACCGGUGCUGCUGGUUUUAUUGCAUCGCAUGUCACCAACUGUCUGGUUAGGAACUACCCGCACUACAAGAUUGUUGUCCUCGACAAGCUCGAUUACUGCUCCAGCCUAAAGAACCUCAACCCCUCACGGGCUUCACCAAAUUUGAAGUUUGUCAAGGGUGACAUUGCAAGUGCUGAUCUGGUGAACCACCUUCUGGUCACAGAGUCGAUUGACACCAUCAUGCACUUUGUUGCUCAGACUCAUGUAGAUAAUUCAUUUGGCAAUUCAUUUGAGUUCACAAAAAAUAAUAUAUAUGGUACCCACGUCCUUCUUGAGGCUUGCAAGGUCACUGGCCAGAUCAGGAGGUUUAUUCAUGUCAGUACUGAUGAGGUCUAUGGAGAAACUGAUGAAGAUGCUGUGGUUGGUAAUCAUGAGGCCUCACAGCUGCUUCCAACAAAUCCGUAUUCAGCUACAAAAGCUGGGGCUGAAAUGCUUGUGAUGGCAUAUGGAAGAUCUUAUGGUCUUCCUGUGAUAACCACUCGGGGCAACAACGUGUAUGGGCCAAAUCAGUUCCCUGAGAAACUUAUUCCCAAAUUCAUUCUUUUGGCCAUGAGAGGUCUGCCUCUUCCAAUUCAUGGAGAUGGUUCCAAUGUCAGGAGCUACCUAUAUUGUGAGGAUGUGGCUGAAGCUUUUGAGGUUGUUCUUCACAAAGGGGAGGUUGGACAUGUGUAUAAUAUUGGUACUGUGAAGGAGAGGAGGGUGAUUGAUGUGGCCAAAGACAUUUGCAGGCUCUUUGGCUUGGAUACUGAAAAAGUAAUCAUGUUUGUUGAGAACAGGCCCUUCAAUGACCAGAGGUACUUCUUGGAUGAUCAGAAGCUUAAGAGACUGGGAUGGGCAGAGCGCACACCAUGGGAAGAGGGCUUGAAGAAGACAAUCGAGUGGUACACCACCAAUCCUGAUUACUGGGGAGAUGUCACUGGUGCUUUGCUCCCUCACCCAAGGAUGUUGAUGAUUCCUGGAGUUGAAAGGCAUAACUGGACUGAGGAUAUCAAAUCUCUGACUUCUUCACCAGCUGAAGCUAGCACAACAGCUCCUGCAACCAGUGCCAAAAGGACCACUGCUGCCCCUCAAAAGCCUUUGUACAAGUUCUUAAUCUAUGGCAGGACUGGAUGGAUUGGUGGCCUCCUUGGGAAGAUUUGUGACAAGCAAGGGAUACCAUAUGAAUAUGGGAAAGGACGCUUGGAGGAGCGCUCUCAGCUGUUGGAGGACAUUAGAAAUGUGAAGCCAACUCAAGUUUUUAAUGCUGCCGGAGUCACUGGGAGACCAAAUGUUGAUUGGUGUGAGACCCAUAAACAGGACACCAUCCGCACCAAUGUUGUAGGCAUAUUGAAUCUUGCUGAUGUCUGUCGCGAGCAGGGUCUGCUAAUGAUUAAUUAUGCUACAGGUUGUAUAUUUGAGUAUGAUGCCAAGCACCCCGAAGGGUCUGGUAUUGGCUUUAAAGAGGAAGACACACCCAACUUUACGGGUUCCUUUUAUUCCAAAACAAAAGCAAUGGUGGAAGAGCUGUUGAAGGAGUAUGAUAAUGUCUGUACUCUUAGGGUCAGGAUGCCUAUAUCAUCAGAUCUAAACAAUCCUCGUAACUUCAUCACAAAGAUAGCUCGUUACGACAAGGUGGUGAACAUUCCCAACAGCAUGACAAUUUUGGAUGAGCUUCUGCCCAUCUCCAUUGAGAUGGCAAAACGGGACUGCAGGGGCAUAUGGAACUUCACCAACCCUGGCGUUGUCAGCCACAAUGAGAUUCUGGAGAUGUACAAGAAAUACAUCAAUCCUGAUUUUAAGUGGACCAACUUCACACUCGAAGAGCAAUCCAAGGUCAUAGUCGCACCUAGAAGCAACAAUGAGAUGGAUGCGUCGAAAUUGAAGGCCGAGUUCUCUCAACUGAUGUCCAUCAAGGAUUCUUUGAUCAAAUAUGUCUGUGAGGCUGCUGGCUCGAUUCUAGCGCAUGAGAUGGUGCAUGCUUACCUCCUACUUACAGGAUCAGAUCAGCCGGGGAGUCGCAACAAGUGUUUUGGUGCUAUUAUUCUUCAGGAUCAGAUCAGCCGAGGUUGGGAGGAUGCAAUAAAUCUGCUUGGUAAGCUGGUUGAGGAACUGCUGCUGUUCAGUCCUCUCCACUGCAUCCCCUACCUCUUCUACUAA